UCAAGACACCCCCUCCCACACCGAAUCAAAAAAGCAGAAGCAAUGAUCUCGGCGUCAUACGUGGAGGUGGGUUGGAAGGGGACGCCACUCACUCACUCGCUCGUCCAGACAGAGGCAUAGUCCCAGCGUCGGCUUUCUUGGGUUUGCUGGAGGCAAGUGCCGUGCAGUUCGAAAGCCAGGACACGAACACACGAGCGCACACCGUGAGAGUAAAUAAACACGCCGACAAUACAGUCGCUCGCUCUAAGGGAGCCUCAGCUCGGAGAGUUUUUGCGCACACGGUUCAGACAGAUAGCGAUGGUGUCCCGGUACAGCCCCGUGGUCUUCUUCAUCACGAGCCUCUGCAGCUGCGCUUCCCAGCCGGGCUGGAGAGCGGCUGACGGUGCGGCGACGACGUCCCUCGAUCAGCAGCAACGCCUGAGCCACGACGAGUCUCUUGUGAGCCACCUCUCCAGGGUGAGCCACGCGGUCACCUCGAUCGCCACCACCAUCGGCACCAGCACCAGCAUCAGCAGCAGCAGCGACAUCGGCAGCAGAAGCGGCAGCAGCACCUUGCGUGGAGGCGCGGAUCGCAGCGGCGGGGAGGCGAAGGAGCUGCGUGUCGGGUCUAUACGGCGCUGGAGGAGGGCGAUGGAGCUUGCGGGAGCAGGUCCGGAGGCCGGGCGGACGGAGCUGGGGAACCUGCGGGUGCUCGUGGCUUCUCUGGCCCAGGAGAACCUGCGAAUGGGCCAGGAGCAGCGCAGGAACACGGCGGCGCUGCUGCGGCUGCGCGAGGCCUCCGACAAGCAGCUGGCGACCAUCGCCGAAACGAGGAAGCACAUGCAAGCUCUGGAGCUGAGGCUCAAGACAAUGACGGGCGCAGAAAACAAAGGGAACGUCUCGACUGCGGACGAGGGGGCCCAGCAGUUGUCCGCGAUUGCGCACAGACUCGAAGCGCUGCCCCUGCGCUGUCAGUGGGGGCGCAAGUUCGGCAUGUACUGCUUCGAGCUCCUCAAGCAGAGGAGGAGCUUCGCGGACGCGGCGCAGUUCUGCGCCAACCGGCGCGGCGCCCUCGCCAUGGUCAAGGACCCCGCGACGCAGCGCUUCCUGAGCGGGUACAUCAAGCAAACACAGGACACGUCCUACUGGAUCGGGCUCAGCGACAAGGCGGCGGAGGGCGCCUUCGCGUGGGUCGACGGCUCUCCGCUGCAGGGCGCCUGGCGCAACUUCUACGCCGGCGAGCCCGCGGGCGAGACCCCCAACGAGGACUGCGUGCACAUCACCACCUCGAAAUACAAGCACCGCUGGAACGACCUCGACUGUCGCGUUAUGCUGCCAUUCAUCUGCCAGUACUAGAGGGCCCCCCACCCGUGCGACGGUCCACAGUUCUGGCCGGGGGGGGGGGGGGGGGCUGCGGCCGGGCCACCGUGACCUGGGUAGCAUAGACACCACAUGCUUGGGCGGUGACCGGCAGCUGAGUAAGCCGUCGAGAGUGCGGCCGGCGCAACUGCACCGCGAGCCCGGAGGAGCCCGCGUGGCCGGAUUGCGGUGAGUCGGGGAGGGGGAAGGAGGGAUUGGACAGGAGGGCUCCCCCGUUUUUAUUCCUUGCCACGAGGCCCAUGGCAUCCACGCUCCGCCACUGCUAACCCAGCGUUAGGAAUCUGUCCCCCCGAAGCCUGCUGCCGAUGAUGUCUGAAGCGAGUGGGUUGGUCGUUUUCCACUAAGAGCCAAGGCAGGUUCGUAAUGCUUUCCGCCGUUAGGGAAUAUAUUUACGAUGGUUACGUUGUACCGUUGAAAGAUACAUAUACUACCUACAGCGGUACAGGACGUAGGGGACAAGCGCAGUGAAUGGGCACCGGCUCGAGCCAGGUUUGGCAUCCAGAGGUGACUGCUGGCUGACACCACACGAGCUCAUGCCGCCUCCUCUUUGCUGACGUUGACACACUGCACAGGAGCAUGCAUUUCAUGCCGAGUUGAUCUAAGAGAGUCCGAGACCAAGUUCAGUUUUUUUUUAUUGUUUACGCGACACGUGUUGCUCAUCAGGAGGCAGGGAUCAAACCCUGAAACGAACAGCGAUCGUAGCAAACCGCACAAAGCAAAUCUUCAACAGCGCUUCCUCCACCGACACACACCGCCCUGCGUCGUGAUGCGGGCGCGCUGGGGCAGGCUGUCGGCAGAACACAAAUUUAAUUUCGUAUCCACUUUCAUUCCCUUUGUGUGCGCGUGCGUGUGGGCCCUCUGACAAAAGACACAUUGUGACAUUUUACAAGCCACGCACAAUUUCCUUUCUCUGAUUUCGCCACGCGCAGUAUCCUUCGGAGUGCCAUUUCGAAUUGACGCGAUUGUAAACACGUCCCCUGGCUUUCCUGGAUGGACUACAGACACUUCAAGAAGUUUAUUUUGUCCCAGGGUACCUCUGCAGGGAGGGAUCGGUGGUUUGAGUGGUCUUUAGCCACGCAACUUGGCUAAGUUUAUACCGGUUAUUCACCGGCUCUUUGGGUGAUAUAUUGGUGACGCGAUGCAUCUGUGCAUCAUCGUGAUCUCUGUUAAUUUCGAGAGAAAUUUGUACUUUUUUUAAAAUUUCGUGUUCACGUAACGCAUUCAAGUAAAGAAUCAUAAAACGUGGGUUGAUGAUUCUUGGUUUAGGGGCCACUUUGUAGCGAUAUUUUCUUUUGUUGCUGAACGAUGUCACAGCAGUGGCAGAUUAUGUGCGCAGUUGUAACGUUGUGGAAAUUAACGCAGGGGUUUGUAAAUGCUUUUGUAGCAGUUGAGUGAAGUGCGUAUGUGUUUCUAAUUCGUCCACAAUUGUUAAAAUGCAGUUAAAUGUAAACGCUAUAUAAAUUAACAUUGAUGUUGUUGUAAGACUAAUAUUAAAAGGCAUUGCUGAACUGCUAGAUUUAAAC